GCGAGGCAGAGAGAGUGAGAGAGAACGAGUGAGCAAGCUGCUGGGUGCGUUAGUAUGAGCGUGGAAACAGUGCCGGAUAGAACGCGCUGGUCGUCUUCGCCACUUGAUUCAGGGCAGUUGUGUGUGAGCCGAGACUGCUGCCGUCACCAUGGGGAAACGACUCCAGACCAGAGCUGCAGUGGCCUGCAUGAAGACACUCCUAAUGACAUUCAACGUCAUCUUCUGUCUCUGCGGUCUGAUAGUGCUGGCGACAGGCGCUGUGGUCAAACUGGAGCUCUCAAAGUACCUGCAAGUGUCAGCAGAGUUUUCUGCCACUGCCCCCUACGUUCUUAUGGCCACAGGCGGUCUCAUGUUCUUGCUGGCUAUCUUGGCUUGCUGUUGCACGGCGAAGGGACAACCAGUUCUUCUUUAUAUAUAUGCGGCAUUUUUGCUAGUCAUCUUCGUCAUCCUGGUAGGAGAAGGAGUCAGCACAUGGGCCUUCAGGAAAAGCCUCAAGAAUGACUUCCUCGAAGGACUCAGUACCGCCUUCACAGACUAUGAGAGAUCCUCCACUAUGGCCAGGGCUGUUGAUAACCUCCAGAGCAGGCUCUCAUGCUGCGGCAUCCAGAAUGCUAGUGACUGGGUGUCUAUGCCUUACGGUUUCAACAACGAUCCCCCAUACCCGCCAUCAUGCUGCAAGGAAUCUCAGGAAGGAAUGUGCAUUGCUUUGCACUCUCAGGGAUGCUACCGGACAGUCAUCAGUCUUGUCGAGGCUGGAGUCGGUGCCUUUCUCAUCAUGGCUCUGACAUUCACUUGUUUCAUGGUCAUCGGUGUCCUACUUGCCUGCUGUCUCGCCCGCAACAUCAACCGAGCGAAAUACGAGCAAGUCUGAGGCCGCGCCCCCAUACCCCGCCCACUUCCAGCCCCAACGGACCAGCAGUAUGCCCACGCUUAUACACACCCUUCUAGACCAGUGCCCCACGCCACAAUCGGCAGGAGCCUUUCAGGGGGUGCCAGGUCUCUUCCCAGGCCUACUCCGAGACCAGCGCCCCCAGAGACGAGUUUCCACGUCUAAGAACGCUAUAAUCCGUGCCUUCGUAUCGCUGGGUUACGAAGGCUUAGCUCUUUUAACGUUUUAGGCCGAGACAAGAACUGCCUUCAUGCCACUUUGCGAAGGGCGAAUUUCGGCAUGCUAAAGUAGGAUUUUCCUCUCUUCAGCGCGAGGAUAAUAUGACAAACACCGCAGGGCUAACUUUUCCUAUAGCUGUGGGAACUUCAAGUGUAUAAGAUGUUCUUUUGUGAUGAUCUUGAUCACGCACGGGAAAGGGCGAAUGGAGAGCACCUUUCGGAACCCCUUGUCCGAUCUGAAAGAGGUUCCUUCACUGAACGGGCUGUGAAAUGGAGUUGUUGCGUAGCGGGGGUAUGGGGAUCAGCAACCAUGUAAUAAGGAAAUGAAAUUGAAGCCAGGGAAUGUACGAUGUCGGCUUUUCAAUGUAUUCUUGGGCAAUCGUCGGACGGUUGUUGGAUAAACGAAGUAAUAUACAAACUGAAAAUAACUCAGAAGAGCAAAAUGAAGAGAGUAUCCGGUCCUUGAAGUACGGCAAAAAUAAUGCUGUCCUCAUGCGAUACCAAGACCGGAUCAAAAUAGGAUGCGAAAAAUUGUUCGUCAUGUAAGAUACAUUCAUGUGGGUUUCACUGUUUACUAUUCCAAAGAAUUUAGUUCCAUUACAGUCGGUGAAUUAGGUAGAUUCCGAUGUAUAUAAUAGAUGUUACUGUUUUUAAUGAUUCGUACUAGUGCGUUCGUGAAAAAAUAACAGUUAAAAGUUAUUAUGAAAUGAUCAUUGCUUCUUAUUCGGAGCUGGCAAAGGUUUCCAAUUAGCGAUUGCUAUCUAGAGAACAGUAGUUGAUAAUUGAUAGUAAUGAGGGAUCAAUGAAUAACUUUUGAAGACUUGUAGUGAUAUAAUCGAUCAGUUUUAAUUCCCGUGACAUUUGAAUGACAGGAGAUUUGUAGUUAUGGUCUUCAAGUUACUGUAUUAAUUGCUCAUGGUCGUUUCAUAUGUAUAUAAACGAUUUGUAGCCA